AUGACGUCCAAGGCGGGCGCGAUCGACGCGGCGUACCUCAGCUCCGACGACGCGUCCAAGCGCAUGCGCCGCAGGCACUUCCUCGGCGAGGUCCAGCGCAUCAAGGCGCGACAGAGCGGCGUCACCGAACAUCACAAAAAAAUCUUGGAGGGCGUGUACGAGCUCGAGCCGCGCCCGCCCGCGCGAACGGAAGCGCGGCUCGCGCGCCAGCUCGAUCUGGACGUCGUCGCGGUGAGCACGUGGUUUCGAACGCGACGCAGGGUGGACAAGAGGCGAGAUAUGCGGUUCGUUGGGAUCCUAUUCUUUCUGAUCGUGUUCGCGGUGCUGCUCGCGGUGUACUGGCGCGUUCUCCUCACACUGGUCCCCAUACGACCGCGUUGGCGUGGUGAACGCGAUUCCUUGAGGACUUCGCCCGGCGCAUCUCUCCGCCCACCCCUCGCUUUCAAUCCCCGCCAUCGACGCCUUUGA